GGCAGAACCGCGUCGCACUAGGGCCUGCUUGUGACGCGCUCGAUACAGCAAGAAAGUAGCAGGCGAUAGGCUGGCCUAGGUCGCAGGUAGCCCCACCUGCUGUCCUGAAUAUCUACUCAACUGACUCAAUUAACAUUUUUCAGAGCUGGCGGGAUAGUACUGACAAACAAAAGCGAAUCGCAAACCUACAGAACUUUUAACCAGACAAAACAGUUAAUAAGUAGUGAUUUGAAAGCCAGUCGGAUUUACUACUACUACUACUAGUUGCAGACAGUUUGGGACACAAAAAUGGUACUCAAAACAGAGGACGGCAUUGUUCCCAACGACCUGACCCCGGAGGAGCGGCAGGAGUUGGAGAAUAUCCGCCGCCGCAAACAGGAGCUGCUGGAGGACAUUCAGCGUCUGAAGGAUGAGAUAACAGAGGUCACGAAUGAGAUUGAGAACCUGGGGUCCACUGAAGAGCGGAAAAACAUGCAAAGGAAUAAACAGGUGGCCAUGGGCCGUAAGAAAUUCAAUAUGGACCCCAAAAAGGGGAUCCGGUUCUUGAUAGAGAAUGACUUGCUGAAGAACACCUGUGAGGAUAUCGCUCAGUUCCUGUACAAGGGAGAAGGCCUGAAUAAGACUGCAAUCGGAGAUUACCUGGGGGAGAGGGAUGAUUUCAAUAUUCAAGUUCUUCAUGCCUUUGUGGAGCUGCAUGAAUUCACGGACCUCAACCUGGUGCAAGCUCUACGGCAGUUCCUGUGGAGUUUCCGGCUGCCCGGAGAGGCCCAGAAGAUUGACCGCAUGAUGGAAGCGUUCGCCCAGCGAUACUGCCGGUGUAACCCAGGGGUCUUUCAGUCCACAGAUACCUGCUACGUGCUCUCCUUCGCAAUCAUCAUGCUCAACACCAGCCUGCACAACCCCAAUGUGAAGGACAAGCCCCCGGUGGAGCGCUUCAUCGCCAUGAACCGGGGCAUCAACGAUGGAGGGGACCUGCCAGAGGACCUGCUCCGGAAUCUGUACGACAGCAUUAAGAACGAACCCUUUAAAAUCCCAGAGGACGAUGGGAACGACCUGACACACACCUUCUUCAACCCCGACCGAGAGGGCUGGCUCCUCAAGCUCGGAGGUGGCCGUGUAAAGACUUGGAAGAGACGGUGGUUCAUUCUCACAGACAACUGCCUUUAUUACUUUGAGUACACCACAGACAAAGAACCCAGAGGAAUUAUCCCCUUGGAAAACCUCAGCAUUCGAGAAGUCGAGGACUCAAAAAAGCCAAAUUGCUUUGAGCUGUACAUCCCAGACAACAAAGACCAGGUGAUCAAAGCCUGCAAGACGGAGGCGGACGGCCGCGUGGUGGAGGGGAACCACACGUUCUACCGCAUCUCAGCCGCUGCCACGGAGGAGAAGGACGAGUGGAUCAAGUGCAUCAAAGCUGCGAUCAGCAGAGACCCCUUCUACGAGAUGCUGGCAGCCAGGAAGAAGAAGGUCUCCUCCUUGAAGAGGCACUAGCUCGCCCCACCACAUCUCCGCACUUCAGGGGGAAUUGACAUUGUGCUGACUGGCUGCUUGGCCAGCUGUGUGGACCCUCCUCUCAAAUGGAGGGAGUGGCUUGUUCAAGGUUUUUGCAUCACAGUUUCUCUUCAACUCAGCGGGUCUGAAUGUGGCGUCUCAAGUGAAACUAACUUCCAUUGCAAAAAAUAAAUAAUAAUAAUAAAAAAAAAAUCUAAUCUAAGAUUUUCUUCGUUCUGCAUAAAUAUAUAUAUAAAUAUUUACUACAUGCACCUAUUUUUUAAAGCUGCUGUACUUUUAGUUGUGCUUUUUCUGAAGGAUUUGAUCUCGCUGGCUGGAAGAAUCGCUUCUGAAUUUCUUUUAAAGCCCUCAGGAACUUGAUUUUUGUUGUGUUUUUUUUUUCUUGUUUGUUUUCACGAUGUUGGGGAAGUACUCUUACCUUCCCUCUCCUAAUAGAGAAUGAACUGUGUCUACAAAGACUGCGCCAAAAGGACAGUUUCAUCCUGGAUUGUGCAUCAGAGGGAAUGUGUUUUAAAGAUGGGGGCAAUACCUUGUUUCUAAUAUCUGUAAACAUAGUUGCAGCUUCCAAUGGCAGUACAUUUAGAACAUCAGCAAUUGUAUCACUUUACUUCCUGGCGCGAGGAAAGCGUUUCUUUCUAAUACCUGACCCAUUCUUCAUUGAGAACGCCCAUCUGAAAAAAACAGGUUCUCAAAAACAUCACAAGGCUUGCUAGAACGUAGUUGCUAAAAAUCAUGCGUUCAAAUGCAAAAGAGACACAGUGCUAGACAGAGAGGAGCUCAAAACUGAUAGAGAAAAAACAAUGACUGCAUAUAGAAACGGGUUGGGGUUUAGUCCCUGCAGAUACUUUCCAUGCAGUUAAGUAAUAGAGGAAUCGGGGACUGAGGCUCCUGCAGCUAGCUGGCAGAUUCCUUUGGCUUUUCUGAGCCAAACCUUUGCCCUGUGAGACACCUACCAUGCUGUCCCUGCCCACAGUAGUAUCCACUGCCAGGGGUCUGUGACAUCAGCGACAGCUUUCUGAGUGGUUUUGAAUACAUUUACACACAGCAGAUGCAUCCUGUAACAUGGUAUGUUAAUCAUGGCCAGUAAUGGGUAAAAAGCAAGGUGUUCAAAAGCAGUCGUGUAAAAAAAAAAAAAAAAGUUCCAAACUUACUUGGAUACCAGAGUUUACUGGCACACGUUCUCCCUUCGACAGCUUCUUGGUAACCCAGUCUUUGGUGCCACUCCUUAGCAAAGUGCAUUGAUUGUGCCACAAUUUUAAAAUGUGUACAACGCUUUAAAUCGACGUCACUGCUGGCGAUUACUGUUACCGGCAUGUCGCGACUAAUCUCCUUCGUUUGUGAACAAGUGGAGGGCUUCAGCGGUUUGACUUGAGCUGAAGGCACACAGCUGUGUUUCCAAUGUGCUAAACUAGGGGCUGAACGAUGCACUGACUGCAGUCAGUAUGAGGUACACGAGAAGCAGGUUGAUGUUUAAUCAAAUAAAACGAGUAUUUAAGAGGGUGGGCUCAAUUAGCCACACUAUCGCUGCCAUCAUCCUCGUCUCUCGGUGACGAUUCCUUUCAAUGAGUGGGAUUCUCAUUGGUGCUCCACCAGCCGGGGUCUGACAGCGCACCCGAGUAGUCUCUGUACAGUCUCUUUGGACAGUGUGCUAUGCCAGUGGGUAGCCCAUAGGGAGAUUGAUUGUGGCCCAGUUAAGACGGGUGGUUACAACUUGCUAUGUAUGAUGCCAGUUUUACAAGAUUCAACUUUGGUAGCCAAGUUGACCAAGAUUGUAUUUCCUGUUAAUUUAAUAGAAAAAAAGUUGUUAUUUUGAUUUUUUUUUUUUUUUUUUUAAGUGAGAUGUUCUAACUGGGUCAAAUGUUAAGAAAACAAGAAGCCAUUCUGAUUUCGUUUUUAAAUAACUUUAAAUUUGACCUAAUUACUCAUUUUUCAAUGCACUGGUUGUUAAAGAAAAAUUUAAUUAAAAAAAAAUAUCCUUAAUGACUAAACAGUAUUAGUCUAUUUAUCAGAGUUGUGUAUAUACUUAAAUGUAUAGUUUCUUUUUUUGUUGUUUAUUUUGUAUUGUUCAAUUUUUGUUUAUAGCGGUAUAAAAAAAAAGAAAUUCUGUGUGCCAGUUUUUUCGUUUGUUAUUUGAUUUCAGACUUCUGCCAAUACCAUUUAAUCUAGCACUGAAAAACUGGAGAAAAUAAAGAAAAAACUUGCCCUAAUGA